GCCAUUUAUAUUUCAUUUCCGAACAAGAUUAUAUACAGUAUCUAUUGCAUGAUCUAAAUAUUCCUCUUUGAUCGUCCAAGACAAGUCCACUCCACUGCUCCAUUCGAACCCGGAAUCUAAGGUAAUAGAUCUAGAUCUCAAUACUACCAGGUCUAAGCAAGGGAUUAAAUCAUCGAAAUGUCCAAAAGGUGAAGAGCUAGUCUUCUCGUAUACCAAGCCAUCAUUCCACAAUUUAGUUAAUAGAAUCGAAUGUCUUUGCGAUUUCGGACCGACCGUAAGUAAAACCAGUUAAGUAUACCAGAAUGACAUAGGCUUGACGUCAUUGACUACAUCCACAAAUAUAGAAAGAGGAAGAAAGAUCCUGAAGAAGGAGAUCACGCGACAUGUAAGAUUCCGAGAAUAGGAACUCCUGUGUCUUCAUUCAGAUCGCGUUUGUUGUGUCGUACUACCAUGAAGGAAUACACGGCGGAGGAAUGGCUGCCCUCCGCCUCGGGGCUGGGCGAGAGUCCUUUAUAUCGUCAGGAAGACGACACGUUCUUCUUCGCCGACAUCAAGAACUGCCUCGUGCACUGCGUUCCACUAUCCCGCGGCUGGGCGGGCAGAUACACGGUCCACUUGGACGAGCCCAUCACACGGCUUGAGAUCGUCGAGGGACGCCUGGAUAUCCUGGCCGUACAGACGCGUCUCGGCUUCGCGCUGCUUAAUUCUACUAGCGGCGCUAUACAGCAGAUCGCCGUGAUCAGACACGAGGAAGACGCGAGUCUGAAGGACAAGGUGCGCAUGAAUGACGGUGGCAUCGACGCUCGCGGACGCUGGUGGGCUGGCAGCAUGGCUUUAGACGAAGAGGCUGCAAUUGGCCGGCUAUGGCGUCUUGAUGGGGGGAACGUGAAGGACAUGUCGGCGGGGAACGAAGAUGAAAGGGCUGCCGUCAUUAAUGGGCCUGUCUGGUCGCCUGAUGGUAAAAUUAUGUACACGUGUAAUACACCGGAAGGCAAGAUUUACCAGUCUAAAUACGACGUCGAGAACGGCACGACGAACAACAAGCGACUAUUCGCACAUCUUGAGGAUGGCGGGAUGCCAGACGGAUUAGCAGUAGACUCGGAAGGUCAUAUAUGGGCCGCCGCGAACUCGCAGGGCAAACUUGUGAGGAUUUCACCCCAGGGUGAAGUAGUCGCUACAUGCGUCGUUCCUGGCGCCAAGAUGACCUCGUGUCCAGCAUUUGGCGGAAAGGAUAUGAAGACGUUAUUCAUUACGUCGAUUUCGGCGGAUGGGUCAACUGGCAAUGUGUACCGCGCUAGAGUGGAUAUUCCAGGUAUUCCUAGAAAUGAAUUCAAGCUAUGAGCAUUGCCAUGUUUUUGAUUGUAUACCAUCCCGUGUGCUAUACUCGCCAGGUCGAGAAAACCAAUGAUAGUGUUUGAGUUGGUAUUUAUCUGAUUAUUUCAAACGCGCAGUGUUAAU